CCCCCUCCAGCGGCCGCGCCCGGAGUAAAACAAAAGAGAAUGAAAGAAGUAGAUAAUCUUGAAAGUAUAAAGGAAGAAUGGGUUUGUGAAACAGGAUCUGACCACCAACCUCUUAGUGAUAGUCAACAAACAAAUUGUGAAUAUUUUGUUGACAGCCUUUUUGAGGAAGCUCAGAAGGUUGGUGCCAAAUGUUUGUCUCCCACUGAACAAAAGAAACAGGUAGAUGUAAGUAUAAAAUUAUGGAAAAAUGGAUUCACUGUCAAUGAUGAUUUCAGAAGUUAUUCUGAUGGUGCAAGUCAACAGUUUCUGAACUCCAUCAAAAAAGGGGAAUUACCUUUAGAAUUACAGGGAGUUUUUGAUAAAGAGGAGGUGGAUGUUAAAGUUGAAGAUAAGAAAAAUGAAAUAUGUAUGUCAACAAAGCCUGUGUUCCAGCCCUUCUCAGGACAAGGUCACAGACUGGGAAGUGCUACACCAAAAAUUGUUUCUAAAGCAAAGAAUAUUGAAGUUGAGAAUAAAAAUAAGUUGUCUACUGUCCCACUAAACAAUCUGGAACCCAUCACUAAUAUACAGAUCUGGUUAGCCAAUGGGAAAAGGAUUGUCCAGAAAUUUAACAUUUCUCAUAGGAUAAGCCACAUCAAAGACUUCAUCGAAAAAUACCAGGGAUCUCAGAGGAGUCCUCCCUUUUCCCUGGCAACUGCUCUUCCUUUCCUCAAAUUGCUAGAUGAAACACUCACACUGGAAGAAGCUGAUUUACAGAAUGCUGUAAUCAUUCAGAGACUCAAAAAAACCGCUGAACCUUUUAAAGAACUUUCAUAGCAUUGAUUUUUGAUACACUAAAUGGAAAGUUUCCCAAAAAAUGAUGGUCAUAAGUGGACAUGCAAAUCAAAACAAGGGAAAGUCAGAUUUGCUGGGUUUUGCACUGUUUAAUUCCCUGCUGAUGAGAUUUUAAAAUAAGUACAAGUUAGGAAAGUAAACUAUUACUGGAAACUAUAUUCAGUGAACUCUUUCCAGAAGGCUACUCAGAAAGAAAAAUAUACUUAUUUUCAAAUACCAUUUAUUCAACAUAAGAUAUAUUCAAUAACUAUAGCAUCUAAAAUCUUAAUAUGGUAUAAAGUAGGAAAUAUGUGCAUAGCAUCUUUCAUUCAAAUAUCAUUCCCAAACAGCAAUGAUGUGUUUAAAUGUUAACUGUCUCAGAUUUUUUAAAUGGCAAUACA